AUGCAAAUGAAGCAGAUGAAGAUGAAAUCAUACUUCACUGGGACCAUCCUUCUUUUGAUCAUUGUUAGCCCUAGUGUUGCUAUUGUUACACCUUCACGACCACCAUUCUUCUAUCCUUUUGGAGACUCUUUGUUUGAUGUAGGAAAUAACAAUUACUUGCAAGAUCCUGCCCGUAAGGCUAAUUUUCCAUUUAAUGGAAUUGAUUAUCCUGGAAACAAUUCAACGGGAAGGUUUGGCAAUGGAUACAUUGGUCCAGAUUACGUGGCAAUGUUCAUGGGAUAUCCACAAAGCCCACCACCUUAUCUCUCUAUCAUCAAUGAAAACCAGACAUCAAGAGGAAUUAACUUUGCUUCUGGUGGCUCAGGGAUCUUAAAUUCAACUGGAGAAGGAACACUAUCAUUGGCAACACAAGUGAUUUAUUUUCAAGAAGCAGCAAGGAACCUAUCAAGAAGAGUUAGCUACGGAUCUGCUAAAAAAUUACUAUCAAAAUCCAUCUUCUACAUAAGCUCUGGAAGCAAUGAUAUAUUUGCUUAUUUUUUUGCCUUUGGUCCUCGAAACAAAACAACAAAUGAUCAGUUCAUUGCAACUCUUGUGAAUAACUUCACACUCCAUUUGACGACAUUGUACAACUCUGGAGCAAGAAAGAUUAUUGUCCUUAGCACAGCAAAAAUUGGGUGCACUCCAGUUAUAAAAAGUCUAUUUUUCCCAAUAUCUGGUGCUUGUUCUGAGGAUUUAAAUAAUCUUUCUAUUCAAUUUAAAAAUGAAACCAGAGCUCUUCUCCAAAAUCUCACAACAAGACUAAGCGAGUUGAAAUAUGUUUUCAUCGAUACAUAUGAAAUGGACAGUCUAAUUCGAGCAAAUGGUCAUCAAUAUGAUAAUAUGUGA